AUGACAGAUAUUGCAAAGGGUGCUCUCUCUAGUGCAGCUGCAGAAGCUCUUAUUCGUGCUGGAGAAUGGGGAAUUCAUCAUUUCUUCCAAGAUGCGGAAUCAAAUGAUCCAGGACCAUGCUUCCCCAUGCCUCCAAUAAGAAUAUUCACACCAGAACAAAUCAAAAGGAUGUAUUCAAAAAGAAGGCAACAAGCUACCGCUUCAAAUUAUCCAGGACCAUGA